GAAUGCGUCAACCACACGGCAACCAGCUAGGGGCUUCUCACCAGUACAAACCCCGCCGUGUUCUCGGGGCCUAAAGCAACAGGAUACAGUGCAAGAAGAAGAACACUAACGCAGCCUGGAAGACAAAGGUGAUUCAGUUUCAUCCGAAGCCAUGGGGUUCACACGCUUUGCUGUGAUGCUUUCUGUCACCAUGAUCCACCUAGUUUCAGGUAUGAGCUUAAUGACUCCUGAGCCUGACACCCCACCAACACCCACCCCCGAGUCUUACCCUCUGGGUGACCUGAUCCAUACUGCCCUGCAGAGUAAGGAAUACUUAGGAGAGGCUUCUGCAAGCACAGGUACUGCCACCAACCCGACUCAGGCGGUGCCAGGGUUAGGGCAGAGCGAGUCCACAGCGACAGUCAUAUCCCCGGGGCUGCUCACCACAGCCUUCAGCUCCUCUUCUGCUGCCAGCCAGACAGGAUCAAGGACUCCCAUGUCCUCGCUGCCCAUGGAGGAGGAGACAACCACCACUCUGAUCACCACCACCACCAUAACCACAAUGCACAUGCCAGUACAAUGCAAUGCGACCUUGUCAGCAAUGGAGGAUGUUGUCGAGUCACCAGAUGCUGCUUCAUCAUCCUCAACUUUUUCCCCUCUGGAAUGCACAUACAGCAUUACUGUAUAUCCAGGAUAUGGAGUGGAAAUUCAGGUGAGGAAGGUAAACCUGUCUAAGAAAGAGUCUCUGACCAUCAUGGGUCAUGGAGGUUCAGGACCGGAGCUGUUAGCCAAUGAGACCCUGAUGAGGGAGGGUCAGGUGAUUCGCAGCACAACCAAUCAGGUGUACAUACACUAUCGCAGCCUCCGACAGUCCAACCACGGCGUGUUCAGCCUCCACUAUCAAGCCUUCCUGCUGUCCUGCCCGUUUCCUCAGUCUCCUGAGAAAGGCGGAGUGACAGUGACAGACAUCCACCCUGGAGGCCAGGCCCACUUCCACUGUGAUCCAGGUUUCCAGGUCCGCGGCCAUGAGGUUUCUACUUGUGUCAACACAACACAACCUCACUGGAGCACCUCUGAGCCCCAAUGUGUCGCUGUGUCAUGUGGAGGGUGGAUUCGUAAUGCAACAGUCGGCCGGAUUCUGUCUCCAACCCCUCCGUCUGUCAGCAACCACAGCAAUGGAAAUAACCUGAGCUGCCACUGGCUGAUCGAAGCCAAAGAGGGGCACAGACUCCACCUGCACUUCGAGAGGAUCGCGCUGGAUGAAGACGAUGAUAAGUUAAUAGUGCGCAGUGGAAACAGUUCCCUGUCUACACCGCUGUUUGACUCAGACCUGGAUGAUGUCCCGGAGCGUGGGCUGCUGAGUGAGAGCUCCACGCUGUACCUGGAGCUCACCGCCGACUCUUCCUCCAUCCCUCUGCUGCUGGCGCUGCGAUACGAGGUAUUCUACCUGAUAAACAACAGUGACAUCACAUAUCAGCUGGGCACCACUGUUGCCUUCACCUGCUCUCCAGGCUUUGUGAUGGAGCAAGGUUCAGGGACCAUUGAGUGUGUCGACCCCAGCAAUCCCCACUGGAAUGACAGCGAGCCUGUGUGCAAAGGGACUACAGAUGAAAAAAUAUCCUCUUGGCUAACUCUGGUAUCUAAAUCAUUCAAUGCAUUCAUCUCCCAUGUUGCUAUGCUCCUCUGUCCGUUACAUAUAACUAAAUGUCCCACUCUGUCCCCCACAGUCCAGCAGUGUCCCGACCCAGGAGAGGUGGUAAACGGAGCGCGCUCAGUGCGACCCGAGGCAGGUUUCGCAGUGGGGACAGUCGUUCGUUUCUCUUGUAACCAGGGUUACCAGCUGGAGGGUCCAAGCCAGAUCUCCUGCCACGGACGAGACACCGGUACCCCCAAGUGGAGCGACCGCAGCCCCAAGUGUGUCUUAAAAUAUGACCCCUGCCCAAACCCUGGCGUCCCUGACAAUGGUUACCAAACCUUGUACAAGCACAACUACCAGGCUGGAGAGACUCUGCGUUUCUUCUGUUAUGAAGGAUACGAACUCAUCGGCGAGGUCAUUAUCAGCUGCGUACCCGGCCACCCCUCUCAGUGGAACAGCCCGCCGCCAUUCUGCAAAGUGGCAUAUGAGGAGCUUUUGGAUGAUCAUAAAUUAGAAGUGUCCCAGUCUUUCGAGCCGUCCCAUCAGAUCCUGAGUGAGAACAUCGCUUUGGCAAUAAUUCUGCCAAUAAUCCUGGUCAUCCUGCUGAUUGGAGGAAUUUACAUGUACUAUACGAAGUAAGUACUCUAGCUUGUAUUUAUUC